AGUAUCGGCCAGCCGGGCGUGGACGUUCACGUGCGCCACGACAUGGAGGGUCCCCCAGGCUCUGCUGCCGUCCUCCAUCUGCAGUUCCUGGUGAACGAGGGGGCGCUGAUCUCGGCCACGGCCGAUGAUACCCUCCACCUGUGGAACUUCCGGCAGAAGGUGCCGCAGAUCGUGCAGAGCCUCAAGUUCCAGAAGGAGAAAAUUACAGUUAUGAACCUUCCAAUGCAAUCAAAAUGGCUAUACGUAGGCACAGAAAGAGGAAACGUCCAUGUAGUUCAGAUAGAAAACUUUCAUCUUUCCGGAUAUAUAAUAAAUUGGAAUAAGACCAUAGAAGUAUCGAGAAAAACCCAUCCCGGAGCGAUAGCCCAUCUCAGCGACAACCCCUUAGAUGCCAGCAAAUUGUUGAUAGGUUACGAGAGCGGUCUGGUGGUCCUGUGGGACCUUAGAAACAAAAUGGCGGACAUGCGAUGGCAAACGAGCGAGCUGAGGUCGAUCGCCUGGCACCAUGAAGGCAAACAGUUUAUGUGUUCCCACGCAGACGGCACUCUGACAACGUGGAGUCUGAAGUCGCCGAUUAAAUAUGUCCAUAUAUCUCAACCUCACGCUAAACUCAGCAAAGACGGGAAACCCGAACAGUGCAAACCGAUAACCAAAGUCGAAUGGAAAUCUUCGAGGACGGGGGAAGCAUAUGUGAUAUUUUCUGGUGGAAUGCCUUACGACCAAGCCAACAGAACACCUUGUAUAACAGUUGUAUAUAGUAAAACCACCACGGUGUUGGAGAUGGAGCACAACGUCAUUGAUUUUGUGACGCUUUGCGAAUCACCUUAUGCCAGUGAACUGCAAGAACCGUACGCCAUAAUAGCCCUCCUCCAAAACGACCUCGUCGUCAUGGACCUCCAGACGCCGGGCUUCCCCUGUCUUGAGAACCCCUACCCCAUGGACAUACACGAAUCGCCUGUCACGUGUUGCAGCUACCUGGCCGACUGUCCCGCCGAUCUGAUUCCCGCUUUCUAUUCGGUCGGCAGGGCGGGAGCGAUGAAACGGACGGGGUUCUCGGAAAUGGAUUGGCCCGUCAGCGGCGGGUCGUGGCCGGCACACGCUUGCACCUACGCCGAAAUCAUCAUGACGGGGCACGCGGACGGUAGCAUAAAGUUCUGGGACGCGAGCGCCGGCACCCUCCAAGUCCUCUACAAACUGAAGACCGCCAAGGUGUUCGAGAAACCGAAAUCUCGCUCCUUGGACGCGGAAGACAAUCCCUUCGCCGUGGAAAUCAUCUCGCUGUGUCCGGAAUCGAGGAAGCUGUGCAUCGCCGGCGCUUCCAGCCACCUGGUGCUCUUCAGCUACAAGAAGGUGGAGGUCAACGAGGAGGUGACCGUCCUCGAGAUACCCAUCGUGUACGAGGUGCCCGAAGACGCGGAGAAUUCGCCUGACUGUCAGUUCGCCUCGGCUGGAUUGGGGUCGGGGAAUAGGCUGGACUUGCUGGAUUCGGACAGUAGGAAGGAAGGGGCGACGCUGAAAGUCCGAUCUGGCAAUCAAAAAAAACUUCCCGGUUUCCAAGCUCAACUGGUGUGUCUCACCCCGUGGAACAACGGCGAACCACCCAGUCACAUCUCAUCUUUAGCCAUAAAUAGUUCGUAUGGACUGAUGGCCUACGGCAACGAGGCGGGCAUCGUGAUAGUGGACAUCGAGCAGAAGAUCUGCCUGCUGAACAUCGGCAGCCCGGACAUGUACGGCUCGCAGGACCCCUAUUCGCGCAUGCCCAAGAGUCCGAAGAAGGGCCAGCAGUUCUCGGAGAGUCUGCCGGUGAACGAUCGGGAGGAGCGGCAACCGCGCAGCCCCAGCAUCGAUCAGAUGGGAAGGUCCCCAGAAAGCCCAUUUUCCUUUGCCCCUUGCCCCACACCCGUAGAGCAAGCGCGCGAAGCCCUCGAAGAAGAAGCAGAAGCAGACGAAGAACGAUCAGUGCCCAUACCGCAAACCCGUCGAAAAUCUUCAACGUGGAAGAAGGGUUUCAAUCUGAAACGUCAAUUAUCCAAAGUCGACCUCAUCAAGAUGAGGAAUCCUCUGAAGGAGAAGAGGGGCAGCGUUUUUUACGCUGAGGAAGUAAUGGACAAUGUCGAGGAGAUCGAAAAAUCUUCUCCUGAAUCAGACGACAACACCGUCAUAGAUUUGACAGUGAAAAACGAGCAAACCGAGGACCACAACGAUUUGGACAGUUUUUCGCCUGACGAGGAGCCCGAAGUGCCCUUCUUGGUGGGGUCCUUGGACGCCCAAGGGGACUACCCGAAUUUCAGGAAGAUGAGCAGUCUGCCCAGACCCGACAACUUGGAUUUGACGGGGGAAGAUGGCGCUCCCGUCAGGCCGCCCAGGCAGAGAAAGAGGCGACAGGAGAAGCGCGAUCAGCGGUUGCUUUCAGUGCCGAAUAUUAAGUUUCAGAGGGCCGAGGUGCAGAGUUUUAGGGACUUGAGGGAUAAGGAGGAGAGUGCUGUCGUUAGUCCGCAGCCGAGUUUCACGGGGAAUCUGAUGAGGCGUUUCAGAGAUACAACAAUUCCAAAAGUAUUCACAAAAUGUUCUUGUUCUGGUAAACCAGAUAAGCUGGACAGCUCGUUUUCGAGAUCUCGAUCCUCCUCCAUGAGUUCCUUGGAGAACAUCACCUCCGAAUCGAUACAGUGCCUCGCUUUCGUAGAUUCCUACACAAAAAAAACAGAUCCCACUGUCCUGACGCCAACUCUGUGGGUCGGUACCAGUUUGGGCUCGGUGAUAACGAUACUGAUAAGCCCGCCGGACGCCGAUAGCAGAUCCUCGCAACCUGUCGUCGUUUCGCUAGUCGGAGCGACCAUCUUCAGGCUGAAGGGUCCCAUCAUUACCAUGUCCUUUUUGGAUUGCAAUGGCGCCCUCAUACCCUACUCUUUCGAAUCGUGGAAGGACGAUCAAAAGGAGAAGAGAGACAAGACUCCAACGAGGAACCAGAAUAGAAUGAGCCCGACGCUAGGUGGGGGAGAUUGCGUGUUGAGAGGAGAUAAUUUUUCCGAUAGACAGUUCGUUGUGAUAGCUAGCGAAAAGCAAGCCAGAGUGGUAGCCCUGCCAUCGCAGACUUGCGUGUACCGACAACAAUUGGCGGAUAGCGAUUUCGUGGUCAAGGCAGAAAUUAUUUCAUUGAGAGAUAGCGUAUGUUUGGUGUGCUACAUCUCCAAUGGUCAUCUCAUGGCGUUUAGUUUGCCCAGUCUGAGGCCGUUAUUGGACAUCGAUUUCUUGCCCCUUUCUGAGCUCAGUUUUCAGACGCAAUCUAACAAAGGCAUAGUAGACCCAAUGUUGUCGAUUUGGGGACAACAACUCAUUAUAAACGAGGAUACCGACCAGAUUUCGAGGACCUUCAAUUUCAGCAAUAGAGGACACGGUCUCUAUCUUGCCUCGCCUUCUGAGUUGCAAAAAUUCACUCUGUGCUCAGAUUUUUGCUCAAAUCUUACGGAAAUGAUAGGAGAACUAUUCUUGCCGGCGGAUAUGCCAGAACCGCCUAAGGAAGGGUUCUUCAAAGGGCUUUUCGGUGGUGGGGUACGAUCGUUAGAUAGGGAGGAACUCUUCGGAGAGUCCAGCGGCAAGGCGAGCAAGGCCGUGGCCAAGCACAUCCCCGGCAGCUCGGCCGAGCUGAGCCAACUGGGCCAGCGCAGCUCGAGCGCCACCAACGAGGUGUCACGUGCACACAAGCUGAUGCUCGAGCGCGGCGACAAGCUGAGCCAGCUGGAAGAUAAGGCUGAGCGCAUGCGCAACGAGGCGGAGAACUACUCGUCCACGGCGCACGACCUCAUGCUCAAGUACAAGGACAAGAAGUGGUAUCAGCUGUGA